AUGUCUUUAGUCCCAUAUUCAUCUCGAGACAGUCGAGAGAUUGUACUUCGCCAUGAUGAUGCGAUCGUUAUAAGAGAUCCUAAUACUCAACAAUUAGUUCUGCGAAGUGCCCCUCCUGGUCUCGCCUUGAAUGAUUGUCCGACAUGCCAUCGACCAUUGCGCGCACCCUCUCCCGAACGACAGCAGCCUACUCCUUCCGCUCGUGCAAAUGCUUUCAUAGCUCCAGAAUACUUUCGCAUGCUUCAUGCUGCAAAUAGUGGUCCGAAUGAACAGCCACCCUCCAGUCCGAUUCGUAGACUCGUACAACCUGCCUCUCCAUCUGCGAACUAUGUAGAUGAUACAGAAGACCACGUAGAAUUUGUGGCAAGUACUCCGGCAGUAGAAACAGGACAUACCAUAAAGAAGGAAGCUUUCAGCCCAAACUACUUCAAGAGAUUCUUCAUUGAGGAAAAGGAAUUAGGCCGUGGAGGAAAGGGAGUAGUUCUUUUAGUCCGCCAUGAGCUCGAUGGGGUGUCUCUAGGUCAAUUUGCGUGCAAGAGAGUGCCAGUUGGAGAUGACCAUGCAUGGUUAGAGAAAGUUCUCAUUGAGGUUCAACUCUUACAGGGGCUUUCUCACCCAAACCUCGUAUCCUAUCGACAUGUCUGGCUGGAAGACGUUCAAUUGAAUCGGUUCAGUCCCUCAGUACCAUGCGCCUACAUUCUUCAGCAGUAUUGCAACUCCGGAGAUCUACUACGUUAUAUUGCUGGACCUACACCGAACAUGCAGACAACAAAUGAACAAUUGAAGGAGCAAAUGCGAAGAAGAUCAAGAGGGGGUGCAGAACGACCCGAUCUGAGAUCAUCGCAGCGGAAAUUACAGUUUGAGGAAAUUUAUUCGUUCUUCAAGGAUAUUACUUCGGGCCUUGCACAUCUACACGCUUCGAAUUACAUUCAUCGAGACUUGAAGCCAAGCAACUGCUUGCUACAUCAAGAUGGAAGUGAUAUGAGAUGCCUCAUAAGCGACUUUGGAGAAGUACAAGCGGAAAAUGUUGUGAGGAAAUCGACAGGAUCCACAGGCACAAUAUCAUAUUGUGCUCCUGAAGUUUUGAAGCAAGAUCAGUUUGGUCGAUAUGGAAAUUUCACUACGAAAUCUGACAUUUUCAGCUUGGGAAUGAUACUGUAUUUCAUGUGUUUCCGACGACUCCCUUACAAGAGUGCAGACAGCUUCGAGGAAGACUUUGAAGACAUGGAUCUACUUAGGGCUGAAAUUAGUACAUGGUCUGGAUUUCAAGACGAACGACGAGAGCGACCAGAAUUACCAAAUCAGCUUUACAACUUUCUCAAGAGAUUACUUGCUGUCAACCCUAAUGAUCGACCUAGUGCAAAUGAGAUCUUAGAAGCAAUCAGAACAGAAAGAGGUUUACAAAAUCCAGCCCGUGUGCGGCAUGGUAGUUCAUCGGGAAUCCGUGGAAGAAUUCAAGCAAUUGACUCACCCAUGCCACCCGCAACACCAGUUAACGAACGAGAACCGAAGCGAGUGCGCUCAAGAGCAUAUAUUGAAGAUGCUUCAUCCGAGACCUCAUCUCGUUCAUCCUCGCCCACACCAACCUCCCAGCUCGCAUUGGAAAUCAGUCGAAGUCGCACUGCUGUUCCUGUUACAAAACCUCACAUUACCACUCCAUUGUUAAUGCCACCACCCACCACGCUUAUAUCCUCUUUCAAGAAUCGCAUAUCUCUUUACCGUCACUAUUGCGAAACGUGGGCUCAUCACAAUAAGCAAUCUCUUACUUUAUUGGCUAGAGUAUCAAUUUUUCUUUUCAAAGUCUUCAUGAUAACAAAACCAUGUCUUUCUUCUCUCGCCAGACGAUGGAUCUGGUAUCCUCUCGUCGUAAUAGCCGCCGUUGAACUGGGGCUCGGCACAAAAUUAAGUUGGGGCAUAUCUGGCGGUCUUUUAGCAUUUCAUUUCAUGGUGGUAGAAUUGUUUGAUUGGUUUGGACCUGGAAUGUGUAAUGGAAGACUUGGAGUGCAUGAACAUUGGCAUCAGACUGGUUUCUGA